AUGGAUUCCCCAGACAGCCACCAGGUGGAAGAGCAACUCGACUCGGAGAUAUCCUCCAUCCGCCGAGAACUCCGCAACCUCCAACGCCGCCGUCGCCUCCUAACAUCCAGCCUCCUCUCCUCAGAGAACCUCCACAAACGCCUCAAAGCCCACCAAGCAGCCUCCACACCGACCCCGCUCUCCUCCCUGACCGAAGACGUCUCCCCCCUGGUGCAAGCCGCGACCAAGCACACACAAUCCAACCACCACCGCGUCGCCUUCUCCACCACCACCUUCCCCUUCAAAGACCCCUCCCCGCACGCCGACCAGCCCAACCUCCUCGGCGUGCGCAUCGACAUCUGCCGCCGCGACGGCCGCUUCGCGAAACCGUACUACAUCCUCCUGCGCCGCCUACCGGGCGCGGAAAAGCGGCUGCGCGUGCACCGGCACACGAUCCCCGCGUUCAUCGCGCUCGAGAAGCUGGAGCGCGUCUACCUCCCUGUGCCAAGCUCAGAUGUCGACGAAGUCGGCGGCGGCGGCGACGCGGAAGCGGAAGCGGAGACAGCGUUGAAGCCGUGGAAGCGCCGGGCGGGGAAGCAGGAUCUGCGGGGUCUGGUGCGCGAGGUGCGCCGCCAGUUGGUUGCGUGGCAUUUGAGGCUGGAUGCGGUGGAGAUGUUGAAGGAGGAUCUGGGGGGUGUGGAUGGGCUGGAUGGUGGUGGUGGUGGUGGUGAUCGGCUGGAGCCGAACGAUCUGGGCAUUGUGUCGAUGGCGCCUACGGCGCGGGAGGCGACGUAUGUUCGGUUGGAGUGGGACGAUGGGCGGGUUGGGCGGUUCAAGCUGUCCAGCUCGGGGAUUGUAGAGCGUGCUGUGGUUAUUGGUGAUGGUGGGCGGGAUAGGAAACUGGAGGGCGUGUUUACGGGUGGGAAUGGGAGAGUGGAAACGCUGCUUGAAAGGCUACGGGGGCAUGUCCUGUCCGAACCAUGA